AGAUGUAUCUUAUGUAUCAGAAAAAAAGGAUCGUAAAACAAAAACUGUUUUUGUUAGUGCAAUAGAAUCGUACUGACUUCGACUGUGCUCUACCGGAGGGUGUAAGUAACUACUCUACCACUUAUUCGAGUUGUUGCCCAGGUGAAGGAUGCCUUCUGCAGCUGCAGCCAAACUAGAAAAACAGGCCUCUACGGAGGCUGUUGAUCCAAUUAAACAGGCUAUUGUUAUUAUUGAACACAAAAUAAGGAAUUUGGAGAAGAGGAAGAGGAAAAUAGAGUCGUACCGUGAAGAGCAGAAGAAUGGAAAAGAAUUAAAUGCCGAUCAGUUAAAUGCCGUGUCAAAGUUUGAUGAAGUUAUUUUGACCCUUGAUUUUGCCCGAGACUUAAGCAAGCAGUUCAAUGGCAUUUCCCUGGAUGCUGCCAAACAACAGAAGAAGCAGGCAAGAAAAGAAGCUCAGGAAAGGACUCAGCAAGAACUCGCUAAAAUCAAGGAAAUUCUUCUUAUUCAGGAUGUAUUACAGAACAUUGGAACUGAAUCAGCCCGUGAAGACUUUCUGCAAGGUCGCAAUGGAGCUGCACAACUCACAGAAGAGGAUCUCAAAUAUUUGGAUGACAUUUAUGUAGAAGUAUUUCCCAAACGAGGCAAUGAAGAAGGACUACCCCCAUUUGCGGAUCAAGUACAAACGUCUGCUGAACAUUUGCUUUCUAUUGUGGAUGGCAAGCCAAAAGAUGUAGUGGGCACAACAUACAGCAAGUUGAAGGAAUUAGUGCAGUCCAUCCAUGGUUGUGGGUACUUCGAUCAGAAUGUGGAGGAGGCUGCAGAAGAAGCUGUAGAUGAGGUUGCCCCUAGCGCAGCUGGUACUGCUGUCCCUUCUCCUCCUGUUGCUGCUGCCACUGCAUCAGCAGCAGUAGUUGCUGUUCCCAUUGUUGCUGCUACUGUUGUCGCUGCUGUAGGAUCUGAGGAAUUGGGCGAAGAGGAGGAGAAUUUCUUGGUCGAGUCUCAAACAGUAUUGCCAUCAGAACCUCAGCCAUACCCUCAGGGCCCUGGAGCUCCUGUGGUUCCAUCACAGCCUGGCCCUCCAGCAGGCCCUCAGGGAGUGCUGGCUCCCGUCUCGCAGCCUCCUGUUUUGAAUGCACCUCCUCAGGCAACACAGCAGCUCGUGCAACCCCCACCCAUGGCGCCUGUGCCAACUCCUGUCCAGGCAGUGGAGAGUUCCUUUUUCAGCACUGCUGCUCCUGCGUUUGUCCCGGCUCAGCCAACCCUUCCUCAGAGCAGACCAUUGAAUGAAGUCAUUGGGACAGGAAAUUUCAAUUUUCUGCAGGACUCGGAACUUGAUUCUCCAGACUUGUCUGUCAUGCUCUCUGGGACACCAGGCCCAACUGCUGCACAGCAUGUUGUGCCUACUCCCCCACCAUCCAAUCCUGUUGCAGUUCCACCCAUUCCCAGUCAGACAUUCACAAACCAGAACUUUGUAGCAGUAUCUACUGCUGCUGUACAACCUAAGGUUGUGUUCCAGCCUCCAGGUGACAUGGCCCAUCACAUACCUGGCUUUGCAACCACCACACCUAACCCUCCACCACCCAUACCGAUGCCUCCAAGCCAUCAGGUGCCCGGCGCUGGCCAACGUCCUGUGGCAGUGCAUCAGAUGCCUCCCGUCUCGCAGCCAACACCCCCAACGGCAGCUCUUCCCCAGCACAGGCCACCUUUGACCCCUGCAGCUAGCUAUGGUGCCCCGACAGCAGCCGUUCCAUCUCACACCUACGCUGCUCAGAGAAUUGCAGUGCUUAGUUGUGAGAUUGCUCUGGCUUUGUUGCAGGCCCAGCAGCAUCCUCAGGUGGCGCAGCCUCCUCCUCCGCAGCAGGUGCCUCCGCACGUGGUCCAGCAGCAGGCGCCUCAGCAGGUGCCUCCGCCUUCACAGGUACAGCCACAGGUGGUGGCGCAGCCGCAGGCCCCCACGACCCCUGUGCAGCCAGCCCCCGCCCAGCCCGUGCAGGCCCCACCCGUGCCAACUCAGCCGGUUGCUGCUCAGCCUCAGUCCUUGCCCUCGGCUGGUUUCUCAGCGCUUAAACCAGAACCCAUGCCUGAAUCAGUCCAAACAUCUGAAGCUCCUGCAGCUCCUGGAGCUGAAGACACCAUGGAUGAGUGGGUUAAUUCCACUGAAGUACCUCAGGGAGGUGACUGGAGCACCCAGACAGAAACUGGUGGUGGAGAGUGGGGUCAGGCAGUUAGUAAUGAUGACUGGAACUCUGGCAACAGCCAGAAUGAUGGUUACACUGUUCAAGGAGGAAACCGCAACUACGGUGGACGUGGGCGAGGAUCUCGAGGUGGAAGGGGAUCAUCAAACGGCUAUUCAGGACGAGGUCGUGGAAAUUACCAGAAUGGUCGUGGUGGCAGUGGUGGUGGGGGAGGUGGCGGCGGAGGUUAUGGAUAUCGCAAUGAUGACAGAAGCAAUAAUUACUAUCAGAACGGCUACCAGCGGGAUAAUUUCAGUGGAGGAUUUAAGCGUGGAGGCAGAGGGGGAGGUGGCAACCCCCGGGGUGGAAUGGAAAGGGGUGGUGGUAAUUCCAGAGGGGGCAUGGACCGAGGAGGGUUGCGUGCUGGUGGAGGUCGUGGUGGCAACAAUCCUCGGGGCAACCGCUCAGGAAAUUUCGCUCGUGGAGGAGGCAACAAGCAACAGUAGAAGAAAUAAGUUGAUUCAAGUAAUCUUAUUCUGCAAUUCGUCACUCAUGCACUCUUUGUUCCAACAAUUGAAUGCUGUGUUUUAAUGGAAGUUGAACUUCAGUGGUGUAUAUAUGACUGGGUAGACUGAUGUUCGUGUGAAAUGAGAAGCCAGUCUCACCACGGAAAUAUGUACAUCUUUAUUUAGAACUGUAAAAAAGUAAAAUGUAUGUAUGAGGCAAGUAACCUUCAUGACAAUUGAAGGUGGAUGUAAGCAGGAGUUUGUAUUUUUUUUGUGCUAUGUUCUCGGUAGACUCCCUGAACUUCAUUAAGUGGAAACUAUUGAUCAGUUGAGUGGGAUGAGGCUGCACAGGUUCCGCAAGUGAGUUAGGAACAGAAUGUGAAAAUCCACAAGCUCUUAACAGUUUCCAAGUAUUAAUGAAAACGUCAGAAGGCAGUUUUCACAGGGCAACAACUAUAAGACAAAGUGGAUACAUUAUAUAUAAUUUUACUACAAAAACAACAAAAAAAGAGAACAUGUAAAAAAAGUAACCAAAAAUAUACAAUAAGUGACAUUUACCCAUAAGCUUACAAAGUACAGGACAUUUCUUUGAUUACAUAUAAUUUUCUUAAAUUUUGUGUUGAGUGGUCCAUUGACUCCAAGUGUGAUAUUUGCUGUACUGCAUAAUUCACUCCCUUGUAUUGCGAAUUUUAAUCAUAUCUAGUGUUACGUGAACAUUCAUCUUCAAUUCCAAACAUUUCCUGUCCAAAUUGACAGAAAUUUAUAUUUAGUUUAUGAAUUUUGAGGCCAGAAUCUUCCAAUAAAAACGUUGCAACAGGUUUAAUUUGUGGUUUGCCUUAUUGACCUUUCCUGCUUAUUCCAUUGCCUCUCAGGAUAUCUGCUGGCAGGUGAUUGCAUUCCUUGUUAGAAGUGUGUAGUAGGCCUUUGUGAGUUUCAGGAUGCUGCUGUUUAAAGAUCUGUAUGUUAUGGAAAGACAAAUGUUUUAGAUUAGCAGGACAUGUUUGCUUAUUCAGUCUACUGCUUACAGAAUCUUUCCUUCAGAAUGUUUGAAAUUCAGUACAUGAAAGUAUUUUGCAUCCCUACUAGGCGUGUGAUGUGGAUUUGUCAAUUGAUGCCGUGUUUGGAGGAGUAGAUGUUAAAUUGUUACAAUAUUUGUUUGCACGAUAGUACAGUGUGCUUUAGCUAUUACCUCUCAGGGUAAGCAUGACUGUAUUUUAUAGGAACUAUACAUUGAAAUGUUGAGGAAAUGUUAUUUUUAAUGUAAAUAGUAACCUAAUGCCAUACUAUUCAUGUUUUUACAAUUUCUACUGGUGAUUGCCGUUUUCUUGUGGCUGUUGGAAGUGCUUCCGAUAUUAUGUACUGUAAAACAAAAGUGUAUUUGUAUAAAUAAUUCUGUAGGAAGUUUGUGAUGCAAUAAGAGUAUUGUUUGCCUGCCAAUA